UCUCUCUCUGUGAAACGUGAAGAAGCUAUUCAUAAUUCAGAAGUGAGAUGCAUGGAGAAAGAAAGACAAUCACUCCUCAAAUUCAAACAAGGCCUGAUGGAUGAUAACGGCCUACUGUCUUCUUGGGGCAAUCACGAGGAAGAUUGUUGCAAAUGGGAAGGAGUUAAAUGCAGCAAUCGAACAGGUCAUGUUGUGAAGCUUGACCUUCGGGGAAAGCAUUUCUUCGAAGGCAGUAAGGUUCUUUCCGGUGAUAUAAGCUCUUCAUUACUUGGAUUGCAACAUUUGAUUUACUUGGACUUAAGUUCCAAUGAGUUUUCCACAUUCUUCCCAGAGUUCAUUGCUUCACUGACUAAAUCACGUACAAUAUCUCAAUCUUUCCUACAACACUAUUUCUGGAACCAUUUCCACAACAGCUUGGAAAUCUCACAUCUCAACUCCUCAAUAUUCCCUUGGCUGCUCAAAUUUACCAAUAGCCUUGUCGUUCUUGACCUCCGUUUUAACGAGUUACAAGGUUCAAUUCCAAAAGCUUUUGGGGAUAUGGUUGCUCUUGUUGAUGUUGACCUCUCUUUCAACAACCUCGAAGGCAUGAUGCCACAAACUUUGGAGAAUCUUCACAACUUGCAAGUAUUAGACUUGUCAAACAAUAACAUAAGUGGGGAGGUAAUCGAUCUUACAAAGUUCUCUUUCUUGAGAGAGUUGUAUCUAUCAAAAAAUCAGUUAAAUGGGAGUUUAACCAAAAGUGUGGCAGAACUUUCUAUGCUCCAAGUUCUUGAUGUGUCUUCAAAUUCUUUAGAAGAUUUGAGUUAUAACUUCCUCAGUGGUUCUUUGCCACAACUUCAUUCAAAUUCGUCGGUGUUGAAUCUUUCCAAUAAUAUGUUCCAAGGAUCUAUUACAUCCAUAUAUGAGACAAAUGGGAACUUGAGUUACCUUGAUCUUUCAGAUAACUUGUUAUCUGGAGAACUCCCUAACUGUUGGGGAAAUAUGAUGUUGCUAACCAUGCUUAAUUUGGCAAACAAUAAUCUCUCUAGGAGAAUCCUUGACUCUAUGGUGGUGUUUGGCAACCGGCACUGGUCUCUACCCUUACGUCGGACUCUUCUCCUUCACGCCGACCUUCGGGUGGGACUGCACAAACCUCUCGAAAAGCUGCCUACCAUGCUCGAUCUCGUUGUAGCGGAGCUCGAAAUUGAUGUACGCUCGCCAACACUGUUGGUUCGACAUCCAUUGCAUCCAGCGCUCGAACACCUUCCUGGCUCCAGCGACGUUGCCGAGCAUCUCCUCCAUGUUGAUGUACUUGUACUAGAGUUGGUCCACUCUCGGCAGGUGAUACACCGCGCGGUCCCAGACGUUGCGCAUGUCGUCGAUGAACUUGUUCUUCAUCUCCAUCUCGGCGUACUUGAGCCACAGUGUGUGGUUCCGAUCGUCGACCUCAAGCACUCGCUCCCACACGUUGCGCGCGAGGUUGAAGUUUUUCUGCGACUCCUCCCACUGCGCGUACUUUAUUCAGACGCUGGUGUUCCAUCGGACCUGGCGGACGCGAUCGUCGAAUUCCUUGCACUUAAGAAGGCAGUACUUGGCGAGCUCGUUGGCGUCGAUGAUCUUUUUCUUUGGCAGACGGAUCUUCUCCGCCUUCUGGAGCUCCCGGGCCUCGCGGAGGAUCUGUUCAGCAGUGAUCUGGAUCGGCGCCAGAUUUUUAUUCUUGACCCGAGUCGGCCGCGGCAGCUUCACCUCAGUGUCCUUUCAAGUCAGACUCUCUGGAAGGAUACCAACGUGGAUAGGCAGAAGCCUGCCAGAAUUGAUGGUUCUCCGCCUACCGUCAAACUUGUUCAUGGGACCUCCUUUAUUAUCGAUUUUGACUACAUUGACAACUUAUUGGUGACUUUCAAAGAAAAGUAUCUUGAGUAUAGUAAAACUCUUGGACUAGUAAAAGUCAUCAAUCUUUCGAGCAACAAAUUAAAAGGAGAAAUUUCAAGAGAAAUAACAAGUCUCUUAGGAUUAAUUGGGUUGAACUUAUCUAGAAACUUAUUGACUGGCAUUAUUCCUCAAAAUAUUGGUGACAUGAAGAGAUUAGAGUCUUUGGACUUGUCGAGAAAUUACCUUUCAGGCAUAAUUCCCCCAAGCCUAACUACUAUGAGUUUACUAAGCUACUUGAAUUUGGCAAACAACAACUUGUCAGGUAGAAUCCCAUCAGGUACCCAGCUUCAAAGCUUUAGUGCUUCUGCAUAUUCAGGUAACCGAGAUCUUUGUGGCUUGCCUCUUCCGAAAAGGUGUCCAGGAGAUGAAACAGCCCAAGUUCCUCAAACUGGUAGCAAACAAGGAGAAGACGAUAUUCAAGAACAUGCAAACUCCCACGAACAUCUAUGGUUUUAUACUAGCAUUGCACUCGGAUUCAUUGUUGGAUUUUGGGGUGUUUGUGGAUCAUUGUUAUUGAAGAAUUCUUGGAGGCAUGCCUAUUUCCAGUUCUUAGAGAGAAUAGGAGAUAAGCUCUAUGUAGCAAUAGUUAUCCGUAAGGCCAAAUUACUGAGAAAAUUCAAGACUCAAUGGUAA